CCCUCCUCAACAUCCCGCGCACCGCAACUACCGCGCAGAUAACCCAAGCGCACCGCGCGCUGUCGCUGAAACACCACCCGGACCGGGUGCAAGGCGAGGCGGCGAAGCGGGCGGCGACGGAGCGGAUGGCGCGGAUUAAUCAGGCGCGGGAUGUGUUGGUGGAUGAGCGGAUGCGGGGGUUUUAUGAUGCUACGGGGUUGAUUGGGGGGGUUGAGGAUGUUUAGGUGGGGGGUUGGGUGUGCUUCGUUAGAUGUGCUUCGUGAGGUCUACUUCUGGAUUUGCUGGAUCUGCUGGAUCUGCUUCGUUGGAUCUACUUCGUUGGACUCACUUCAUUGGGUCCGUUUGGGUAAGUGGUGUGGUGUUUUGAUUCAUGUUGGAAAGGUGCUGGCGGGUUACAUUGUAUCAAGUACUGUAGUUAUCCUGUUUUACGGUGUUUAGUUUCAAUGGAGUUGUCAGACUACUAUUGGGUUCUAUCAGUUCAAGUGGUGUGUGCUGUGAUGUUUACACUGUGGUGUUGGUUCAAUAAGUAGUCAGAUCGAAUGAGUGCUGUAUCCAAUGCCGACACAAUGCAAUGGCGAUGAAAGGUGACAUGCAAAGGCGAUUGAAGAUGAUGUGCAAAGGUGAU